AACAAGUAUUGCAUUCUUUUUGCUUCAUCUUUUAUAUCACAAAAGACUGGAACAUCCCCACCUCUUUUCUACAAAUGGAAUGCACUUUCUUUGAUUAUCAUCCUACAUCUCAUAUGGGCUCUUCUCUCUGUCUCUGGCUCUUCCUCAUCUUCUCUGUCAUAUGCUCUCCUGUUUCAGCAGCAAAUUCAGUCACAUGGACCUAUGGAGUAAAUUAUGGCCAAAUAGCAAACAAUCUACCAUCACCCGAAAGUGUGGUGACGCUUCUAAAAGCUGCAAAGAUAAAUCACAUUCGAAUCUAUGAUGCCAAUCAUGAAGUUCUCCGGGCCUUUAAAGGGUCUGGUAUAGAAAUUAUAGUUGGACUUCCCAAUGAGUUUUUGAACGACAUAAGUAUAGGGGAGGAUCGUGCCAUGAAUUGGAUAAAAGAAAAUGUUCAGCCAUUCCUUCCUGGAACUCGUAUUCGAGGAAUAGCAGUGGGGAAUGAGAUAUUAGGUGCUGCUGAUUUGGAACUUUGGGAGGUUUUAUUGCCUGCAGCGAGGAAUGUUUAUAGUGCUCUUAACAGGUUGGGUUUAAAGGAUACAGUUCAGGUUUCAAGUCCACAUUCAGAGGCUGUAUUUGCCAAUUCCUACCCACCAUCCGCAUGCAUCUUCAAACCUGAUGUUCUUCCAUACAUGAGCCCACUUCUGCAGUUUUUCUCCAUGAUUGGUUCUCCAUUUUAUAUAAAUGCAUAUCCAUUUCUUGCCUAUAAGAAUGAUCCUGAGCAUAUUGACAUUAACUAUGCUCUAUUCAAAGAUAGUCCUGGAAUUUAUGAUGCAAAGACCAAGAUUCAUUAUGAUAACAUGUUUGAAGCUCAGGUUGACGCAGCUUAUGUAGCAUUGGAAAAAGCUGGUUUUCCCAAGAUGGAAGUGAUUGUUUCUGAAACUGGGUGGGCUUCUCGUGGGGAUGCAGAUGAAGCAGGUGCAACAGUGAAGAAUGCAAGGACUUACAAUCGGAAUUUGCGCAAACUGCUAGCUAAAAAGAAGGGAACCCCAUUCAGGCCAAAGAUGGUUGUGAAGGCUUACGUUUUUGCAUUGUUCAAUGAAAAUUUGAAGCCUGGGCCAACUUCUGAGAGAAACUUUGGAUUGUUUAAGCCUGAUGGAAGCAUAGCCUAUGAUAUGGGAUUCACUGGACUUGUACCUUCUGCAGCAGCCCCUUCACUACUAUCAUAUAAGGUAUGGUUUUCUGGAUUGCCCAUCUCAUAUUCCAAUUUCAUCAAUCAUGAUUUCGUGCAGAUUUAUGUUUUGCCUUUUCAUUAUCAAAUUUAUCAAUCAAAUGUGAAUUAUAACUUGAAUCUUUUGUAGCAAUAUGUAUUAUAAAUUUAAAACAGUGCGAGGAAGCCAUUAAUAAAGUGAAAAAUGAUCAUUUAAGUUGCCGGCAUGACUAAAAAACACAACUAAAAUUAAAU